AUGAUCAAUUUAGUACUACUAGUCCUAUUAGCUGUAAGAACAGAGUAUAUAAAACAUUAUUCAGCAGAUUUAUACAUGUGCGAUAUCUCAGAAUCAGAAGUUAUAAAUAGAAAAAUAACAUCCUGUGCGAAAGACAUGGCAACAUUUUUUGAAUUUCAAAAAAAUACAGACGAUACAGAAAUAAUUAGGUCACCGAGAGACAACAAUGUAUGGGAUGUUGGUGCAGCAAACUAUGUAAAAAUCUUUACGUUUCAUGGCGGAUCCAAUCAGAGAUUUAAAUUUGAAAAUGUUGGUCAAAAUAAGUAUAGGCUGCUACUUAACGGAAAAUGUAUUGAAUACAAUCCUCUAAGUGAUCAGUAUGAUUUAAAUACGUGCAGUGUGGACAAUAAUCAGUUGUUUAGUAUAUUUGAGACUAUACAAGAAGAUCCUAUUCAUAACACUUCUCUACUUGAGGAUUCGUCGACAGGAAAACAUGAUCAUAUCAACACACCAUUUGACAGGGAAAAGAAACUGUAUAAUUUUGCUAGCAAACGCCACGCAGGACGUCAUCAUUCUCAUGAGCACUCUGGGGGUCACCACAGAGGUACACACCAUCAUGGCCACCAUCGAAUACCUAAACAAACCAUUUCUGGUGAAUUUUAA